CGCAGCUCCCUUCACCCCGCCUCUGCUGGGAUUCCGUGCGUCAUGUCCCGCCUCUCGCCACCCAGCGCCGGCUCUGCCCCCGGGGACGCAGCAGGAUGCGCCCCUCGUCAGGCUCCUCGGAAGGUGCCUAGGAGGAGCGCGCAUCACAGUGAUCAGCUGCUAGGCGGCAGAAGCCGAGCGCCGAUCACAUCGAUCAACAGCCGAGCGCAAAUAGCCGACGGCCGAGACAGCUUGCUGGGUUCGGGGCGGGCUUUGGCGCUUCGCUUCCGGGACGCCGGCGGAUGUUGGGGUUUGAAUCGGUUGUCGGUUAUGACACUGGUGAGCUUCGGGCUCGGAGCUGGAGAUGCUGCUUGCGGAGUUGCCGGAUGGUCCCUCAGUUUUAGUGCCCUAGAAGAUUGAAGACCUUGAGGGUACCAGUGGCCACUGCUGAGUGAGAAAAAACAUCUUUCAAGAGAAGUUCCAAAGAGUAAACAGCCUGAAGAAAGGUAAUAGAAUGAAUGAAAAUACCCUCUGCCACUUCCAAAGCCCAGCCUGUGUCCUCUGUCAACGAACUGAUGACUGUCCUGAAAAAUAUGGAGAAAAGAGAACUUACAAGGAAUACAAUCUCACUGUUCAUUACUAUUGCUUGCUGAUGUCAAGUGGAAUUUGGCAGAGGGGUGAAGAAGAUGAAGGAGUUUAUGGGUUUUUAAUCAAGGACAUUAGGAAAGAAGUAAACAGAGCUGCAAAACUGAAAUGUAAUAUCUGUAAGAAAAAAGGUGCUUCGAUUGGAUGUGUAGCACCCAAAUGCAAACGAAGUUAUCAUUUCCCUUGUGGGGUUCAAAGGGAAUGCAUUUUCCAAUUCAUGGAACAAUUUGGGUCAUAUUGUUGGGAGCACCGACCAGUUCAGAAACUUCCAUCUGAUGAAUCUAGAGGCUCUUCACAAUGUACAAUAUGCUUGGAAUUUGUUGAGCACUUUCCGAUGUACAAUAUACUGAAAAGUCCUUGCUGUAAAAAUGCGUGGUUUCAUAGAGACUGCUUGCAGUAUCAAGCUCUGAGUGCUGGGGUAUUUUUCUUUAGGUGCACAGUGUGCAAUAAUAAAGACAAAUUUCAGAAUGAAAUGUUGAGAAUGGGAAUACACAUUCCAGAAAAAGAUGCAUCCUGGGAACUUGAGGAGAAUGCAUAUCAAGAUCUUCUGCAGCGCUACCAACACUGUGAUGCUAGAAAAUGUCUGUGCAGGAACGGGAGAGACUAUAAUAAACCUGAUAGUAAAUGGGAAAUCAAAUGCUGUCAGUGUUGUGGUUCCCGUGGCACGCAUUUGGCCUGUUCCCCAAUAGAGUCAUGGAAGGAAAACUGGGAAUGUAUAGAAUGCAGGAGUAUCUUCGCUAAGUCAGGGAAUUACCAAAAUCAGAAAAAACGCUCGAUGGCUACCUCAGAAAAAAUAGACGUUACUGGUCGUUUGUUGGAAGAGCCCUCUCCCAAGUGCCCCAGACAGUCACCAGGAUCCCAGCACAGCUUUCUUCUCAGGUCACCAAAGAUGUUGUACAAGGAGUCAAGCUGUUCAGGCACAUUAUUAGACCUUCCAGCAUCUAAUAAGAUGGUUAUGUCUAUAUCCCCACUGAUCAAUUCUUCAUCAAGGAAUCUAUCAGUAAGAAGAAUGCAACUAAGAAUACAAAAAAGAGAAGCUUCUAAUUUAUUGAGGGAAUUAAAGUUACAGGUUAAUAAUACAAAAACUACAAGACUGAACAUCAACAGAGACAAUAUCUGGAGUAGUGCCUUAAAAGGAUUCAGAGGGCGAAACUUCAAUCCUGCAAACACUAUGGAAGUGAAGUUCACAAAUUGCAAGGGUAGAGUAGAGACAGAUGCUUUUCAUGGAUCAAAACAUGAGUUUUUCCGAUUAUUAAUGCUUCAUCUUCAGAACUCAUCACUAUUUGAGGGCUCUUCCUCAAAGAACUUAUCGCUUGAUUCUCAAGCUGUAAAAGAGAAUUUAUACUAUGAAGCUGGCAAAAUGAUUGCAGUUUCUUUGGUUCAUGGUGGUGUACCUCCCAGUUUCUUUUCCAAAACUCUGUUUAACUGUCUUGUUUAUGGACCAGAGAAUGUGAAACCAACAGUGGAAGAUGUUGCAGAUUUUGAUGUAGCACAAAGAAUAAAAAUGAUAAAAUCAUCAAGAACUCUGGCCAACUUAAAAUCUACAAUAAGUGACUGCUCUGAAUAUCUUAUUAUUGCUGGAUGUUUAAGACCUAUGACAACUCUGUGUGAUAAGGAUAUGUUGGUGAACGACUUACUGAUCUAUCAUGUAAUUAAGCGAGUUCAUUCACCUUUUGAAAGCUUUAGGCAAGGUUUGAAAAUGCUUGGUGUUUUGGAAAAAAUACAGCUGCAUCCUGAUGCGUUCUCUAGCAUAUUGUGUCACAAACCCGAGAGACUUUCAGCAAGAGUUCUUGGUGAUCUCUUUACAAUCCACUGUUUAUCAGAUGUAAACAAAGUCAAAGGUGUUGAUUUCUGGAUGGGUUAUUUACAAGAUGUGGAAGGUGGUGAGUCUGCAGCAACACUGGAAGACAUUCUGGUCUUUGCAACUGGUUCUAGUUCUGUCCCGCCCAUUGGUUUUGAGCCUGACCCCUCAGUUAAAUUUCUGCGUAUAAAAUACCCUGUUGGAAACAGACAACUUAACAGCUUAGAACUUCCAAUAACAAAGACGUAUGAGCAGUUUAAAAACAAAAUGGACUUUGCCAUCAGCAACGGACUAAGACUAGAAUUAGAAUAAUUUUUUUUUUGUUACUAAAGUUGAUGUCAAAUUCAAUUUUUCUGUUUGUGGGAUGUUCCUUCUUGUGAGCUGCUAUUACAUUUCUGAGCAUUGAUACCCUUUUUUCCCAUCUCAGUUUUCCCCCACUGGUUUACAAAAAUUGCUUUUGUUGUUUGUCCAAUUCAUUGCUCUAGUUUGGAACUUACCAGAUAGUCUAAACCUAAAUAAGAUUUUUCUGAUUAGUCAUUUUAAGUUACAAAACUGUUUUAAAAAUGCAUAUGCUCACAAAUCAAACUUGUGUGGAGAUUUUUCAAGUGGAAAAAAGUAAUUGGACACGUCACUAGAACAGUAGGCUAAAACUAUAUUUAAAUUUGGUAAGUCAGUAGUUAGUGUACUUGUGUGCUGAACUUUUGAAGAUUAUACUACAAGAUAUAGAAAUUAAAAUUGAUAUAAAGACAUUUUCAGGCUAAAAUUGGGGAUGUAAUAUUUUUCAUAUCUAUUGAAUCAUGUUCUUGUUGAAGUCAGAGUUUUGCCCUUGACUUCAAGGGGAACUGACAGCAUAACACUUAAAAACUGCCAAUUUUGCUAUCGAUAAAUAUGCAAGGUUAUAAAUAUUUUCAGCACCCUGUUCCCUAUCAGUAAGUAUAGGUAAUGCUCUACACAUUGAGGUAACGUGAUUUAUCAAAGUCAAAGCAGGCACAUUUUUAAGGGUGAUCAACUCUAGAUUUUUAUAAUGUUUUUGAAAUAGCGGUGAUGGGACACUGCAUCAGUUCUUCUACGGGUGUUUUUUCAGUUUGACAUUCAGUAAAUAUUUUUUUCCUUUUUAAAUAUUAAUGAUAUGUUAAAUCCACAGAAGAGAGAAAAUUUGGAGUUUAAGGCUAUUAUAUUGUGUCCUUGGAAAAAUCAACCACAGUUCAGGGAAGACCAAGGAAAAUAAUGAAGUUUGAGAACUAAAUUUGCUUUUACUCUAAAUUGCUUGAUUCUUUGGAGUUUAAAUUAAAUCUUUGUCAUUUGCACAUGAAUUUUUAUAUAUCAGUGUUACACUAUAAAUUGUUAUACAGAGUCAAAGGAAUAAAUAAAAUUCAGAAGUAAAAGAUCUGAAAGUGUGGCUCUAAUAAGUGUUUUAAAAACUAAACAUAAAAUUGUUAGCCUUACAGCUAUUUCUGCUGUUUAUUCCCACUCUGCUGGUUAGAACAAGAUGUUCACAUUUAACUUAAACUGAAUUCAGAGUAAUUUUGAUAAUAGCUUGCACCAUAAUUUCUUAUUAUCAUUUAUUCUGAUCCUUGUCCCAAAAUUCCAUUGCAAUCAAGGUCCAGCACUUCCUUUUUAUGCCCUUAUGCUAAAUGCCAUUUCUUUCUCAAUUGUUACUGCCUUUUGAACAGUAUCAGCUACAGUAGGUAAAUGUAAUGAACUUAAUAUUUGUAAUUCUACAGUAAUUAUGGUACCAUUUGCUUCUCAAAGAUACCGCAGUGGCCAUGGAUAUCUGGAUCAAUUAAUGUUUAGUUUUUAGUGAGAUGAACUGUAGUUCAUUCAUAAUUAAGGUAGUACAGGAAACAUUUUGAUAUUAAUUUUAAAGAUUUUUUUAAUUGAAAGGGGGAUGGAGAUGAGUUACUUGAUUAUGUAUCUAUAUAGAAGUCUCCUAUUGGAGAGAAAUAAGAUUGUAUACUUCGUUAGUUGAUUUUUUUAGGCUGUUGAUAUUUCUCUUAAAAGCUGUUUUGUUAGAUUGAGCUUAUUCUUAUUCGAUUGCUCUUUAUUACUUAAUCAGAUUAAUAGGAAAAAAUCACAUCUAUCUAUUCUAUAUCUCAAACAAAGGCCAUCUUAUUUAUUAUUCCAUGUGGACUCUUAACUAUUCAGAUUCCUUCAAAGAUUAAAAAAUAAAAUAUUAUUAGCCACGUAGAAGCAAGUUUACUAAUAGAUUACAGGCAAGAUUCACCACUUUGUGUUUAAAAACAAACAAAAUAAAACCCAAUCCCCCUAUAUUCCCCCUCUCCAAAAAAAAACUCCUGCACAAAUACCCAUAUAGUCCAAAGGAACUCUUUGUGGGAAAGAAAAUCCUGUUAGUGAUGCAAUAGAUGGACAGAUUUUAAAGAAAUCUCAGCUAGUGCAGAUUUUUCAAAUUGACUGUCUGAAGGUUUUUGGUUUUCUUUUUUAAAUGGGAGCUGAUUAGUUGCAUGCUUUCUCUGUUUUCAGCUACUAAACUGCAUUCAGCUGUAUAAAAAUGUGUAAUACUUUGUAACUCUCUUUAGUUCAUGUACAGUAUUGUAGCUGCCACUGGAAUGUUCUGCAAGUAUGAAUGGAAUCUGAGGUGGUCCAUGAGACACUCUAUUAAAAUUUGACGCAUUAUGAAAAACUUUGAGAAUUCUCAGAUUGACGUAUUUAAACAUUUAAGAUAGCUGAACAGUGUUUUAAUGACUGGUACAAUUUAUCUAUUAAACCAUAAAAAACUUUCCUCCAGAUUCUUGCAACUACAACAUUUCUCCCUGAAUUGUCUUUUUCUGUUGUUCAGACUACAAACCAUAUCGGUCAGGAAAUGUCUGGAGAGUAUGUAGUUUUUAAUUUUACAUCUUAGAAUUUCUGAAAAUGUCUGAAGUAUAGACAUAUAUUUGUAUUUUUCCACGCCAUUAUUUCUUUAACUACUUUGAAAGUAGUCUCCCUUUCUUCAACAUUUAAAAAGCAGACUGAAGUAGGUCAGGAUGUUACUCUGGUUGUGAGCCAAAAGUCUGGUAGGCUCUCUUUUUGAAACAGAACUGAUUGUAUCUCUGAGUUCCACUGACUAGUUAUUAGAAAAUGUUAUUCCAUUUGUUCUGCUAUUAUACAGACAACAUUCUUGAUUUUAAUUCUCGUGUUUCCUCAAGAAACUGUUCCAUGUGUUCUUUCUGUCCAUUAUUCUGAAGAUCUCAGCUCUGGAGAUACUUUUUAUACUAUUGCUUGACUUCAGAAAUGUCUACCACCAUUAUAAUGAAGGCCUAUAUGCUCUGGCAAGGCGUACCUAACUUUUAUAGCAAAAGUUUCUGUUUUCUGUGGUGCUCCACCUCUCAGAAUUCUGCAGCAGACUCAUAUACUUACAUUGAACUAAAUAAGAAAAUUAAUGCAGCAGCUAGUGCAACAUUCCUUGUUAAUUGUUGCUUAAUUUGAGGUUUCACUUAUUUUGUAGUGUGCUGCAAAUUUUUUUUGACUCAAAGCAUGUAACCUGUGGAUGUAAUGCCUGGGAGAGCUGGUAGUUUUGGCAAAAGAAUAACUGUUGGGCUUUAGGCACUUCAGAAGGCACAGGAAGUGUAAAAUCAAUGUUGACAUUUAAAUGUUAGAUUUUGGAGUUAACCUCAAAUUGAGAUGAAUGGAAAUAGUACAUAUCUGAUCUUUUUGGGUGCUAUUGUUUCAAGUUUUCUGCUGAUUUAAGAUAACAGUUAAUUUUGUUUAUUUCUGGGUAACUUUUAGAAGACUAUCUUGAUAACUAAAAAAACAAGACAUUUUCAUUGUGGUUUAAAUUUAGAUUCUGCUGCACGAUUGUGUGGCAAAAGGUGGAAUCUUUAGAGAAUUCUACAACUUUAGAAUAAUCAGGGCCUUGAAUAUAGUUUUGAAAGACCUUAACUUCUUUAGUUUUGAAAGUCUCAUAGUGGCUUGUGUUCUCAUUCCUGGAUUAUGACUUUGCAAAGUUGGUAAAGAAUAUCCCCAUUCUUGUAGUGUGUGUUUUGCUUCAGUCAGGUAUUCUAAACUAAAUUAAUCCUUGCUGCAACUCCAGUAUCUUCCUGAGAACUAAAACAGAGACUAAUUUGGCCCUUUCUGCUUAUUUCUCAGCAUCUGUCAUGGAUAUAACAUUCAUACAUUGUUUGUCAUUUUCAAUGUCAUUCCUCCUCAUAUUCUCAAAAUACAAGUAGCUUUACUGUAUUUAGAAAUAAGUUAUCUUGCUGAAGCACAAAACUCUUUCAUUAGAAAGUUGAGGUGUAGAAAUAGUGAGCAACUUAUGUUACUAUGUCAAUCAACUGCUAGAAUUAAAUAUUUAAUUUAUAUAACACAUCAUUAACAUUGAAUAUGCUCAGGUAAUUUUUCCAUUUUACAAAAAAUAAAUAUACAAUGGAAGCAAAACUAGGAGUUAGGAAAGCUGCUUAUUGUAAUCUCCAGUAUUAACAAGAGUGUUAUCUGUUAAACAUAAAAUAUAAUGGCUUCUUACUACACAAUUUGUAUAAUAAGCUUACCUUUGAUAAGAUUUGUGAUUAAGGUCAGAAGAGGGACCAUCAUGAUCAUCUAGUCUCACCUUCAUAUACAGGCCAUAGAACCUCACCCAGUAACUUCUGUGUCAAGCUGAUAACUUCUGUUUGAGGUCUGCCAUAUUUUAUAAACAAUUUAUUAUUUGUUUUUCUUGGGAACUUUAUUACAAAUAAUCUUAGAUUAAUACACCUCUAC